AAUACGUAAAAAAACAAACAAAUGUUCCCUGAUAAGAGAACUCGUAUAUAAGAAAAACUACCGCAGGAACCUUUUGAUAAAUGGUAAUGACUUGAUAUAAAAGGUGACUAUGAUUGUGUGAUGAUUUUGGUGUUAAGAAAAUUAUAUAAUUGUAUCCCUCAGAAAGAAAACGUGAUAAAGAAAAUGGAGAGAAAAUGGAGUGUGUUGGUGGUGUUUUAACAUGAGACAAGUAUACCAUCUGUGUUUUUUAUCUAUAUGUAAGUUUGUCUUGGUAUGGAAUCGUAGAGGAGGAGGAAGAACGUGAGUGUAUUAACAGUGAUAUUUAUUUGAACAGUGAUAAAGUGAACAGUGAUAAUAUAGUGUAUUGACAGUGAUACCAUGAGUUGAGAGUGAUAACGUUACAGUAACAGUGAUAAAGUGAACAGUGAUAAUAUAGUGUAUUGACAGUGAUACCAUGGUGAGUUGAGAGUGAUAACGUUACAGUAACAGUGAUAAAGUGAACAGUGAUAAUAUAGUGUAUUGACAGUGAUACCAUGGUGAGUUGAGAGUGAUAACGUGACAGUAACAGUGACAAGUGAACAGUGAUAAUAUGGCGAACUAACAACAGUAACUGGAGAACUGUGCUGUGAACGGUGACGAGGGCUACAAUGGCGCACCUAACACACACCCACCAGGAAACCCGAGGGUGACCGAGAACAAUAGUCUCUCUUACACCCACCAGGGGGACGACACACACAGAGUCUUUCCCUACACCCAAAGCUUCCCUGGGUGGGGAGGUUUCCUCGUAGGAGUCUUGUGUAGGUGUAGGUGGUGUCAAGGAGCCUCUUCACCUAUACAUCUUCACCCUUAUCGACAAAGACUCUCCUCCCCAACACCUGCAGGCGGUGAAGGAGGGCGACCCGUGUGGUAGAACUGCGGGUGGCGUCGAGGAGCGGCCCUCACCACCGCCACACAAAAGCUCUAGACUACACUAAGGCAGAUGGCAUCCCCGCCCAGAAUGAAGCUCAGCACGGGGAAGCUUCCUGUGUUCCGGAGCAAUAGCGACUCUCAGAGGAGCGUCGGUAAACAGAGCUUCAGGAACUUCUCCCUCAAGUGUCGACGGAUGGCAUGGGACGAGGAGGGCGUGGGGUCGUGUCAGCCCAGGUGCUCCUCCCUGAGGUACUCCUGGCCAACGGCUCCACACACACCUCCCUGGGCUCCAGACCCUCCACCGGGGAGCCCACGCCCAAGAAGUCCAACUGGGAGGUCAUCGAGCACUACAAGAAGUCCGGUCUGGUGGGCGCUUCCAGCUCCAGAAGUCCUACGGAGGAGGAGCCGCCGCAGGAGGAGAUUGAGAGUAUCCUAGAGGAUGGUGGGAGGUGGUGGGACUUGUGUUCGCUGUGUCGGCGCGUGUGUCAGUCGCACCAGUUCAGGAACAUCCACGUGGAGGUGUUGUACCAGCGGUACUUCCUGCGGAUGAACCAGUCCAACAUGGUGUCCCUGCUGGGGCUGAUGAUGGUGGUGGUGUGCGUCAUGCUGUGCCUCACCUACGCCCUCGACAUCGUCAAGUUCAUGGCCCAGGCCGUCACGCUGACGGUGUUCGCCCUUCUCUACCUGGUGCUAGAAGUCCUCUGGCGAACCAAACUCAACGAGGUCUACCUCAUCAUCUUCUCCUACCUAGUUCUCAUCUCCUUCUUCGGGCUGGAGAUCUUGGUGAUCCUGAGUAGUAACCCGCCCACGGCCUCCGCUGGUGUAUGGGCGACUCUCUUCUUCAUCUACAUGACGUACACACUGCUGCCCCUCAGAGUGCCUGAGGCCACGGCGGGGGGCAUCCUGCUCUCCCUCACUCACCUGGUCUGCGCCCUCACCACCAACACUCACCACUCACCCUUCCUCUGAAACAGCUGGUAGCCAACACGGCGCUGUUCGUGUGUGUGAACGUGGGUGGUGUGUUCACUCACUACCC